UAAUGUAUACAAUCCCUUUUUCAAACAAAUGCAAUCCAGUAUAAAUCUACUAGAAUUGCAUUGUUCUGAAUACAGUUGGCUCUCAAUAUUCCUCUGCCUUAAAGGGACUCAAUAUAAUUCCUGAAAGUCAAAAAUAUUUCCAAUUGGAUAACAUUCAGAAAGGCAUCCUAAUGAUUAAAUCAAUUUUACAGUAGAAUAACUUGACAAGAGAAACUGCUGAAGCAGCAUUUCUCAAGUGUUGGAUCAUGACCAUCAGUCAAGUCAGAAAGGGCAUCAAUAGUGGCGUUGCCAGCAGCACCGCAAGUGCUGAAAAUAUAUUACACUACAUAAAAGAAAAUCUCACUCUUUGCACAUCCUUAUCUUGCAAGUUUAAGUAUUCCCUGUCAACCUCUUGAAACAAAUUAUAUAAGCCUACAUUGGUAUCACAGAUACACAGAGUUAAAAAAAAAUGUAUUAUGUUUACAAAUGUCAAGAAAAUUCUACUUCAAGUAAGAGUCCAUGAAUCUGAUGAGGUUGAGAAACAUGGUGCUGCGGGAACCCACCAAUCACCGCUCCCCUCAGGCUUUUAAUCCCUGAGCACAUGGCCAGGUAGCUCCUGUGGGAGAAAUGGGCGAGCAGCACUUUUAGACCAUGGAUUCUGAAUCAAAGCAGAGCUUCAUAGGAAGCUUUCUUCAGCCUCCAGAUAGAAUGUUUGCUCCUACCUUUGGUCAGAGCACAUUAAAGAAGGUUACAGCUACUACUAAUGAUGUGCUUCCUGCCCCAAACAACCAAGCCCUUCUGUCAGCCCUACAAACUCUUCAAGAAAAGAUCCGUCGUCUAGAGUUGGAGAGGUCACAAGCUGAAGAUAACCUGUGUUGCCUUUCCAUUGAGGCUGCCCAAUAUAAAAAGGCCUUGCAGCGGGAAACAAACGAGAAAGAUAUAGCACAUGGGGAAAUGAUACAGCAGAAAAAAGAUGUUAGUGUGCAGUUAAGUGCAGCACAAUCCCGCUGCUCCCUACUGGAGAAACAGCUGGAUUAUAUGAGGAAGAUGGUUUUCAAUGCAGAGCUAGAAAAGAAUAUGGUUUUAGAGCAACAGACUCUGCUUCAAAAGGAAAAAGAUCAGAAUCAGAUGGAGCUUCAUGCAAAACUUGAAAAACUUGAAGCUCUAGAAAAAGAGUGCUUCAGACUUAUCAGUACACAAAGAACUGCAGAAGACAAGAUCAAACAAUUAGAGGAAAAGCUUCGUGAAGAAGAGCAUCAGCGUAAGCUAAUACAAGACAAAGCUGCUCAGCUUCAAACUGGACUUGAGAUCAAUAGAAUUUUAAUGUCUUCCGAGUCGCUGCAAAAUGAACCAAAAAAAAGAAACAGGAAAAAGAAAACUGCAAAGAAAAAAUCUGCUCUGAAGAAAGUACAUCCUCCACACUUUUGUCUAAAAGCUGGGAUGCUGCCUUUUGUGGCUGGGAAGUCUGCCAGUUCCAGCCAUUCUGUUAGUGCAAAUGUACAAAGUAUCUUGCAUCUGAUGAAACAUCGUAGCCCAUGUGUCUUGUCACGGUGUCCAGAACCAGCUGAACACAGGAUUUCUAGACGAACUAUUGCUUGCAAAUCUGUAUCCUCUUGUUCCACCUCUUCUGUCACUGAAAAUCUGUCUGACCUUCUGCUGGCGAUACAAGAUGAACUAGGCCAAAUGAGCUUUGAGCAUCAAGAACUCUUGAAGCAGAUACAAGAAACUCAAAACUGUGAAGUUCGUGAAGACCUAGAGCGUGAAUUGGACUGUCUUGUAAAGCAAAUGGAAAUUAAAGGGGAACAGAUAUCUAAAUUGAAAAAACACCAAGCCAGUGUCCACAAAUUAAAGCAAAAAGUUCAGAAAUUGAAGAAACAGUCAGCUCAUGUCCUCCCAAAAUCUGAUGACCUAAAUGGAACAAGAGAGGUUUCAGUUACUCCAAGCAAAAGUGCAUCAAAAACCUGUCCUGUGCAGAAAAGCAAAAGUUCUCUUCAUCUGUUAAAAAAUGCACAGAAACUUCAAUCAACACUGAAAAAAGAUGAUAUCCUGUGGGAACAGUAGUAGUUCCUAUAGGUAGUGCCUCUUACUGAUAUGCCAAAAAAACCUAGUCUGACACUUCAUAGGUUUGGAUUUAAGAAAUAUUAGACCGAAUAAAAUGUCUAACUUUAUGCAGUGUCUAAAAAUAUAUGCUUGUCUAAUAGUAAAUGUUGAAACUUAGGUUUGAGUUGAACACAUUCAUUUUCCAUGUAGCUAUGCAUAUUUUUAAUAAAAUACGUUUUAAACU